UAAGACCACGGUGUCACUCGCAUCUGCUACAGGACUCUGCAAUACGCUUAGGGGUCUAACUUGCACAUGCUGAUUUCACAGAAAACGUAUUUCACCUAGAGCUACUACACCAAAACACUGCAAUGGAUUAUUUGCUUCCCUUUUUUCCUUACUGGUUCCAAGCAGCACUAAUUACAGUUAUUACUGCAGCUGCAGAAGAAAUGAAUGGAAUUUUGGGCCACUCCGUCAUUUUACCGUGCACCUAUAGUAUACAAAUUUACAGGAAAUGUAACAUGUGUUGGGGGUUGGGAGGAUGUCCUUUGUCUUCAUGUGAUGCUAUGCUGAUUAAAACAAAUGGAACACAUGUGUCAUACAGUAAAUCAAAAAGAUUUAAACUUAACGGCAAUGUAGCAGAAGGUGACGUAUCUCUGACAAUAGAAAAUGUGACUGAAGCUGAUGGCAUGAAAUAUUGCUGCCGUAUAGAAAUUCCUGGACUAAUUAAUGAUCUAAAAAAACAGUGGCUAUUACUACUGACUGAAGUGACUACAACCUCUUUUCCGAGUUUGGAAACAACAACCGCUGUGGAAAUUAAAGAAUUCACACACAUAAAAGGAAGAAGGAAGAAAAGAUAAGAGACUGAUCAUAUCGGGAUCACUGGCAGCUAUCCUGUUUGCCAUUCUCAGCCUCAUUCUCUUUAUAUUCAGACGUAAGUAUCAUUUCCUUAAUGUGAAAAUGCAGAAACAUAAAAAUAAAUUGAUGUACAAAAGCUUUUGUAUAGCAACAUGUACAGUUCUGCAUAUAAAAGACAGUGGGUAA